CCCCGGUAAUAAAUAUAGAUAAUACGACUCUAAAUCUGGAUCUGACGUCCCACGGACCGUCUGUGCGACCGCUCCUUGCCGUGCGUGUGUGCUUGGGAACAGCUCGACGUGCGCCCAAGCCGCCCAAUACGGAGCUACGAUACCAAUACAAUCUUCGCCCAGAAAGUCAGACCGACCUCUUUCUUACUCGCCUGUUUCUCCUCCUGCUCAAUCUCUUUUUACGUGUCUCAGCUGGGCAGAUUGCGACGCUGAAUCGACUCUGCGGUUGCAACGACGGCUGAAUACGGUUACAAGCUCUCCCACAUGCGCCGAAAUAGUCACAGCAACAAGGGUGUCUAUAGGUACCUUGGGUAGAGCAACACAGACGGACGGAACCAACAACAGCGCAGAAGGGGGGGGAAACCAAGAGGACGACUCAAUUGAGUCCCUUUACACGACAAUACGAACGCAAAGAAACAAAAAGACGGAAUCAACAAGAAUCACAUACGCACACACACGAAACAUGCCACGCAGACGACUAUGGGCAUCCUCGCCCCUCCUCCUCCUCCUCCUGCUCUUCGCCCCAGCAGCCCUCGCCGUCGUCGAAGCCGACUUCUCCUUCUACCCUGCCAACGCCCAGCCGUGCCUGAACCAGGCGGCCGCGGCCUCCAAAUGCAUCGGCUCGACCGUCACGGACCUCAACAACUGCCUGUGCGGCAACUGGAACGACUUUGUCAUCCUGGCGGCCACGUGCAUCGGCAAGAACGACAAGGAGGACUCGGUGCCCGUGUAUAAGACGAUGGUGUCUGCGUGUGCCGACUCGGAUACGCCGCUCGACGUGUCGCCGAGCGAGUUUUACGGCGCGGUCAACGGGGAGACCACAACAACGACGACGACGACGUCAGUAACAACAACAACAACAACAGCGGCGACGACACUGGCAACGGCCACGACGACGACGACAGACUCGGCGACAACACAGCCGACGAGCUCCAGCACCGCCGCUCCCACGCAGGGGAGCCUGUCGACGGGCGCGACCAUCGGCAUCGCGUUGGGCGCAUCCUUUGGCGGCGUCGGUUCCAUCGCGGGCCUGGUGUAUUUCCUGCUGCGGCGGGCCAAGAAGCAGGACGAGGAGCGGCAUCCGAUGCUGCCGCCGCCGCAGUAUUACGGCGACGACGCCCAGCAGCAGCUGUUCAGCGGCCGGCCGCCAGCGCCAGAGCCCACGCCGUCGCCGGGCCUGCUGAGCAACUACUCGUCCGAGGUGAAGCAGUCGUCGUCGUCGUCAUUAUGGGUGUCGCCGCUGCAGAGCCCGGACUACAGGUACUCUGCGGCGACGUGGGACGGCGCGCAGGGGGCGUAUCAGGGGCCGCUUGCGCCGACGGAGGUGGGCUCGGAGAUGGCGAUGCUGCCGCUGCAGGCGCAGGGUCUGGGUGGUGUUGAGGGGAGUAGCGGUGGCAGCGGUGGUACGGGGAUGGUGUUUGAGAUGGAUGCCACGGCAUCGCAGGUCUCGCAGGUGUCGUCGGGGGCUGUCGAGGUGCCGGGCAGUGUGCCGUCUGGGCGGCCAGCAGGGAGGUGA